ACAGUUUGUCUUUGUACGUUGUCAAGUCGAGUUCUUUUGCUACCGCAAAAAAAAAGAAGAAGAGCAAAAGAAAGACUGCGAAUAAUCAAUUGGAAUACGGGCAUAAAAAAUCAAGUGGAAAACCAAAAGUGGCCAAAUGAAAAAAGGACUUUUGUAGAUUGUUAUAAAUAAAAAUUAUUGAAAUAAACAUUUAUUAACAAAACAAAUAGAGAGCAAGAGAAGUGCAACAACAUUAAACAUGAAAAUAUUUAUAUUAACACUAUUUUGUGGUUUAGUGGGAUAUGGCGCCUCGAAACCUUUGGAAUCCACCAAUACCAAUGAUGCCACCGAUGCUUUGAUUGAAAUUGAAAAGCAACGACUGAUAAAAUUCCCCGAAGAAUUGGAUGAUUUGCGGCGUGUGGGCGGCCAGAACGCCAGCAAAACGGAUGAGGCUAUGAGGAUUUUGGAAGAAAUCGAAAAAAUCAAUCAGGCUCUGGGCUAUGUGAAGAAGUCGGAUCAUGCCCGCACACCGGCCAUUUUGGAUUCCUCUCAAUAUCUAUUUCCCAAUACUGGCUAUCAACCGUUUCAUGCCCAAAAUCCUCAAAUAACCGGAAGUCAUGGUGAGACAUUGCUGUUGCCCUCCAUAAGAGCGGUAAAAUUCGAACACAAGGCAAGUGAAUACAAUAAGCCGCCGGUAAGGAAAACAACUCCCAAGUCCAAAGUCGAGAUUACAAAAGCCAAUUUAACGAGGGUCGUAGAAAAUGCCACCGCCAAACCAACAACUAAACCCUUGACCAAACCGAAUAAAUUGUAUUUCCAUCCGCAUCGCGUGGAGGUGCCCACACCCCAGACGCCCGAUGAAAAGAAGCAGCUGCCCACCCAUUUCGUGAUUCCCGUACGUCUGUACAAAAACAACAAACAACAAUAUGUAGAGAAACACAAUCCGCAGGAAUAUAAAAUCAAGGGUUACAAAAUCGUCGGUGACAUUGAUCAUUUCUAUGGAAAAACGAAGGUGCCCUCCGCACAGACCCAAAAAGUAAAAUCCUCUCCAAAAUAUCAUUUGUUGUUUUUGCCUCAAGAAAUUAUGGCCAAGAAUACGGCCAAUAGCAUUGAAGCCAUGGAUGCUGCAUCGAAUUCCAAUGAAACUACAUCGAGGGAGGAAAAAUUGGCAAAUCGUCCAUUUAAAUUGCAGACCAAUACCCAGGCCACGAGUAGUGGCAACUUUGUGAACUCCUCCAGUUCGGCGACGAUUAUAAGAAAGCGUAUUAAGCCAAUUAAGGGUGAGGGUCAGACAGUGUUGUCGGUGACAUCGGCAUCAGUAAUUAAAGUUACCCCGGCACCAGGAACAGUACAACAUGGCCAACAACAACAGCAGCAUCAGCAACAAUCACAGCACCAACAACAACCACAACAACAAUUGCAACAGACACAAAUUGCCCAACCACCAAAACAGCAGCAGCAACAACAACAAUACCAGAAACCCCGUCCCAAUAAUCAACCUCUCCCCGUGGGAACCCCCGCCUAUUUGGCUAACCAACAGCCCACAGCUCCCACCGGCAGUGCUGACAAUGGCCAAGGGGUAUCGAAUAAUGGCAACACACACAACCAAAAUUCCAUGAAAAAUAGACCCGCCUUUGUCAAUCCCCUCCUGGGACUGCAAUCCAAUAUCCAAAACAACAUCAACAACAUUAACAACGCCACCUCGAAUGCCAUUAAGACCGCCUUCCAGAACAUAUUCCGCUUCCCACUCAGACCAGAUGCCAAUAAGCCACAACAAGCGGCCACCGAUUUUCCAUUGCUGCAGAGCACUGCCUUACAGCUGCCAGUGCCCAGUCAACAGGAUCAGCAGCAACAACAAUUUUACUACACAUUAGUGCCUGCCCCCGCCGUCAAUGGUAGGCCGCCCGUUUUCAUUGCCCAACCCACGUAUCAAAGUGAUCAUCUGGACUCCGAUUACAAAUGGGAUGAUGAAAAUGUCAGCACAGAUUCGGAUAACUCAGAAGACAAGGAUUCAGCCACCUCCUCAGAAGAACCAGUGGAGGAGAAAUUCCUAGGACACACACCCAUCAAACACAUGCAAGAGACCCAAAAGGAGGCUCUCAAGCAGGGUGGCAUCAUCAUACAAAAAUUGAAGGUACGUAAAGGUGGUAUUGCCAUUGCUGGCCCGGGGGGUGUUGCCACUGCCGGUAGCGGAGGCACAGCCAUUGUGGGUCCCGGUGGCUAUGCCCUCACCCAUCCACGUAGCCUGACCAUUGCUGGACCUGGAACAAAAGUUAUUGCCAUACCAGCCAAUGUCGAUUUGAAAGAUGCCCUCAAACGUACAAACAUCAAGACGAAAAUGAUACCGCGUGAAGGACGUAUUGUGGCCACUGGGCCCACGGUCUACUAUGCUCCCGGUACCAUAGAUGGUGUGGAAAUCGAUUAGACAUAGCCAUUGAAAUUGUUGAAGAACUUAGCUGAAAUUCUUUUUUUAAUUUAAAUGCAUCUAUGCUAUAAAUGUACUGUUAGCUGUAGGUUUAUCUGUUUACACAUAUAGUAUUAUUUAAGUUAUUUUAAUUUAAACAAAUUAUUAUUAUUAUUUAUACAUUACAUAAUUACCAUGAGAAUGAAGAAAAAAUUUCAUUUCGUUUUGGAAAUCGAAAAAUUGAGGGUGUGUUUGAAUGUUGUAAGUGCCGA